GUCAGUUGUCAUAACACAACACAUGUCACAUGCUAUGAAAAUUGUAAUUGUAAGGUUAUAAAUUUUAACUGAUACUUAUAAUUAACAAUUUUACGUUAUGUGUACAUGAAUUUAAUCACUUAAAGUUUUAAUGGAAUCAUCUGACGACUUUGCUUGGACGGACACUUCUGAGGACUCAACAAUUAUGAAAGAAAACGGCGAUGAUGGUGGUUCAGAAUCAGGAUACAGCUAUAAGCAAAAACUUCAAAAGAAAUUGUUCAAUAACAGUCAAGAAAUUUCUAGCAAAUAUGACAAUGAACGAAAAAAAUCAAAGAAACGGAAGCAUAGUGAAUUAGACAGCAACAAUGCAGAGGAACCUGAAACAAAAGAAAUAAAAAUCGAACCAGAAAGUGAUUUAGAUAUAAAACCGAAAAAAAAGAAAUCUAAAACAUCUAUUUCUGAAAGUGUUCUACGUGAUGAAGAAUUUUUAAAUUUAAAAGUAAAAGAGGAACAUAUGUCCACAGAAUGGAAAUCUCCAAAGUCUAAAAAGAAGAAGAAACGCAGAACAAAUUCGGAAAGCGGAGAUUAUUCAAGCUUCAAUGAAUCUCAAUCACAAGAGAUUGAUAAUUCACAAUGUGAAAAUGAUACUGAUGUAUUAGAACUUAGCCAAGAAAAUGAUUAUUCUGAUCUCAAAGAAGAACCAGAAGAUAAUGAGAAGGUUAAAAAGAAAAAGAAAUCAAAAAAGAAAAAAGAGAAAGAAGCUAUUGAUGACACAAUCAUUGAAGACAAGUUUAGUGCAGAAGAAACUUUAGUAGAAGAAAGAAUAUCCAAUGUUCAUGAAUUAGAAAAUAUCAUAGAAGAAAAAGUACAAAGAGAAAAGUAUACUGAUGAAAGUAUGGAUGAAAACGAAGGCACAAAAAAAUAUAUAUCCAAAAAUGUAGAUAAUACAAAUCAAAUAGAAUCAAGUCAAGAUAAUAAAAGUAAAAGCAAAAAGGAAAGAAAUAGUGUAUUUGAUAAAGUUGCCCCUACUGAUGAAAUUAUUAGUGCUAAUGGUUGCAUCACCCCUACAAAACCAUUGAGAAAAAUUACUGAUAGAAUAAGAUUUGAAGAUGAUACUUUCGAUUCAAGUCAUGACGAAAUAGAAGUACAAGAUGUGAAACAUUCAGCAGCACUAAAGAAAUAUUUAAAAAGAAAUGCUCAUCUUAAUCAAAUCGCUGUGAAUAAAAAUAUUGGUGCUGUUAUUACGGACGAGGAUGAAGUUUGGGUGCUGAAAUGUCCCAGUGAAGUUGACAUCAAUAGUUUAAAAGACACAAGUUUAGUCUUGGACACUAAAAGUAAGCUAAAGGCAAACAGUCAAACAUAUGUUGGUUUAAACGAAAACUAUACUGCUCAAGUCGCCCUCUUGACAUUAGAUAAGAAUAAACCGGUUAUUAAAAAUGUACCACUUUCUGGUAUGAUACGGUUUUCCAAAAGAAUUCCGAAGGCUCAUUACGUUGAAGAUAACAAUAUAGUCAACUGUCAAACAAAUUUUAUACCUCUACCCGACACAAAGUCACGUCAUCCGUUGUUUGGUGUUGAUUAUAGAAGUGCAAUAAAAAUACCGAAACACAUAUCAAACCGUCUCAAUGGUUUAGAAAAUGAAUCAAUACCACAAGAUAAUGAAAAGAGAAAAAAGAAAAAGAAGAAGCAUAAAAAAGAGGAAAAUAUUUCAGAUAAUGAACAACAAAUGAAACCAGAACAAGAGCCCGUUGUUGUUCAUAAAAAAAGAAAACGUAAACAUUCUCACAAUGAUGACACAUCACCAAAGUCAUCAAAACGGUUGAAACACGACCCUGAUUCAGCUGAAGCUUGGGAUUCAGAAAAGGCAAUUGAACAACAACUAUUUAAUUUUUAAGUAAAUACAUAAGUUUAUGUACAAUCAUAAAUAAUGAAUAUAGCAUAAUUAUAUUUUA